UUGCUUUUACUGUCAAAGAAAUUUAAAUGCACAUCAAUGGAAUGCAAAGUUUGAAAGAAUCGCUUUGUUGGAUAACAAGACAUAAUGGAUCCCACAUAUGUUCCAUGUUUCCGGUUGUUGAGGGAACCACGCAAUAGCUGUCAUCGACCUGUUAUCUCACUGAACCGGAAACAACGCCGUAUUUGAAACAACUGUUAAUUCGUCGAGCCUUUUUUACUGCGUAUACAUCAACUUGUACGCAGAGGUACUAUGCUGAAGAAGGGAGAGAUGUGAAAAUAAUAGACUACAAUAAACAAAUUAUAGCUAUAUAAAGUUCUGGCCAGUCAGAAGAAAAACAUGAUGACAGUCACAACCCUAUAUUUGAUGAUAAUAAACAAGGGCUGCUGAGAACAAAAUUGGAGCAAAGUGAAGGGCUGACUCCGGCUGAAAAGGUUCGCGAAAGUCACCAGUACCAAGACAUGAACAAUGUGAGGCGUGGAGAACGGUUGCGUGUCAUGUCUUGUAGUGACAAGAUCUGUAAGUGGAACCUGUUAGGAAUGCAGGGGGCGCUACUGGCUACACUGAUGAAACCUGUGUAUUUCAGCUCCAUAACCCUAGGAACUCUCUACAACCACGGACACAUAGCUCGAGCAAUGUGCUGCAGACUAGAAAAUAGCUGCCGCGUUCCAUAUGUACCAGAUGGUUAUAAGGUUAACCAUCCAUUACUUGGCGCUGUCUCCCAAAAGAAGAACCCACGACGAAGCGUCGAGAAAUCAAAGGCAAUUUGCAUUAACUGGAACAGUGCGGACGAAUGCGCUGAACUGACGAAUGGAACAACAGGCGUACCAAAUAUCAGCAGCGGAUUUGCAAAAGAUAAAGUUUACUCAAGAUUGUGUAAACAAGGGAUGUUGCGGUCCUAUGAAAACAUAUGUAGGAGUGCAGGCUUGUUGGAACUUGUCAAAGACGAAUAUUUGGAAACUAAAAAUGUAUCUAAACGAUACCAGCGUUGCAAAAAAGCCCUAUAUAAAUCCUUGCACAAUCAAGAGUAUGGGACGUGGGUAGGACUGCCGAGAGAAUGCCAGCAAUUCUCAACAUCUUCUGUUCGUCUUGUAUACCCAUAGCGACAAGGGGAAAUCUUACUCAUUGUCAACAAGCUAAACAAUGGCUCAUAUCCUUUAACGAUUUCUUCAUGUAAAUAUAGUACAAAAAGUACAUAAUGUUUGUAAGUAUUGCACUUGACAUUUUUUUUCCAUUUCAGAAAGCUAAUUUUCUCAUGAGCACCCGAACUCACGAAAAACGUUCAAAGUCACAUUUAUUGAACGUUUUUGCUUUAUCUAUUUAUUGUUCCAUCGAUAUAAAUACAUUCAGAUGCUUUACUAGAAACGGAGGUAAAGAAAUUUUCAUGAUAAAUAAAUAAGUAUGUAAAACAAAAUUUAUAGAUUUUCUUCCGCAAAUAUCAAAGUAGGCCGAACUGAUGGUCAAAGCUUAAACUGUAUAGUUUCGGAAUCUGAGUGACGAAUAAAUAUCAAUAAAACAAACAUAGAAUGUGCCUUUUUUUAACGUGUAGUACAUUUUAUAACAUGUUCAAGUAUAUAUGAAAAUCGAACUUAUUUUAUGUAAAAAUAAUCCACACUAACGAUAGUCAACAUUUUAGUUUGGGCCAGGACCGAACCCCUUGAUAAUGCUGAAUUUUUCAGAGGUAAGCCUCAAAUCAAAUUUGCACCAACCGCUAUCUUUCAUGUUUAGCCGGUUAAAAAUUGUUAAACUGGAUACGCCGAAGCGACCUAAAUAAUAAUCAUUUUUAUAACAAAAAAAGUUUUAUCAUGAAGUUCAGUUUGUUCGUAUACAAUGACGUGUUUAAGGAAAACUCAGUUGAUAUGUACUUGCCUACUACCUAUUUCACAUUUAUAUAAUUACGACAGAGCUAAUUGAACUCAUUAAGUAUAUAUCAUAUUAUAUAGUAUUCCCUUCAAUAAACGUUAUUUCAAUUCAAACUGAUAUCAGGCCAGCACAAUUAAAAACUCAUCAUUUGUAUACAGUUUGCUGCAGGCAUGUCCUAGGUUUCUGUAUAAAGAAUUUAUGCUUACUGUAUAUUUUGAUUGAGAUAACUUACGAUUUUUUCCCCUGUAUUUUUACCGUGUUUUUGUCCCUAAUGUCGCAGUAUAAUAUCCAUAACAACGCGAUUUUGAUAUCCUAACGGAAACAAUAUCGUGUAUACAAGUUGAUUUAUCUAUUUGAUACAUAUGUGCUACUAUUUUACACUUACAUCCAAAUCCGGACAAGCGUUGCUUAGUAUCAGGUGUUCUUGUAGCCUUUCAAAUUCUGCCUGUUAAUAAAGUAAACAUACGCAAAAA